AUCCCAAAAUACUCAGUCCAGUGCUAUGGAAGCUCAUGACGUCAUACAUUAUUUUAGGCGGGGUCUCGUUUUUUCUCAUUCUACUUCUGCUCGACAGGAUAGGGGCUCGGGCGGACCCAGAGAGGUCGCCUAAGCAGGUUUGUGAACAACACUUGAGUCAACUUGUCCAACAUAGAACACUGCGCCUGUUGAUACCUCUACUCUUGUUUAAUGGGAUGCAGCAGGGCUUCAUGUAUUCAGAUUAUAAUCAGUAUUUCGUGACCUGUAUGCUGGGAGUUCACUACGUCGGUUACUGCAUGAUCACCCUUGGGGCGUCUACCGUGCUCGGCGCCAUCUUUGUUGCCAUCUUCUCGCAUAAAAUACCGAGGGAGGUCGUCCUUGGCUUCGGUGGUGUCGUUCACAUCGCACUCAUGAUUGGAUAUUUGAUCUGGAUACCUGAGAUCUCGCCAAUGUUGUUCUUUGUGUUAUCUGCGGCAUGGGGAGUCUGUGAUUCGGUGUGGCAGACACAGUGUAAUACUCUGAUCUGCCUGACGUGCACCGAGGCUCCUGAGGUGGCCUUCACCAACUACCGCCUGGUCCAGAGCGUGGGGCUGGCCAUCAUGUUCGGCUCGGGCACCUGGAUGUGUGUGUCGGCCAAGCUCUACCUGCUGAUGACGCUACUGGUGGUCGCCAUCAUGUUCUACGUACUGGCUGAGUACAGGCUACGUCAUAACGAUGAUGACGUCUUCGAAGACACGUAG